AAGAAGCUAUGCACCCCGCAGGCACUGGUUCCUUGUUUUGGGGAGGACCUGCCCCUGGAAUGGUUAACCUGCGACUCCUCUGACAGCCAAUCACAGAGUCCAGCAGGAAAUACCUGGGAGAGAGCCUCGUGCCUAGCCCCAGUCUGGCCCCAGGCAGCCGUCUUCCCGCAGCCAGCGCUCUGUGCUCAGCCUCUCCAGAGCACCACACUCCCGGCCUCAGUAUGGCAGUCUUGGCAUGGCGCGAACUGGGGCUGCUGCUGGUGGUACUGGUGGUGACCGUGACCGUGGCCCAGCCUGUUCAUCUGCUGACUUCGCUGUCAUUGGGCCAGGGCGCUCUGGACCGCGUGGCUCUGGGCAGCCUGUUAAAUACACUGGCGGCCCGUGUGCACUGCACCCCAGGGCCGUGUGGAAAGUGUCUGUCUGUGGAUGACCUCCUGGCCCUGGGCAGGCCUGAGAAGCCAGGGCUGUCCCCGGGGUCAGUCCUAGAGCCCGGAGACAUCGCCCGCCUCAGUGCUGCUGCCACCCUCUACCUCAGCGACCCUGAGGGCACGUGUGAGGAUGUGCGAACUGGCCGCUGGGCCUCCCGCGCUGACCAUCUCCUGGCCCUGCUUGAGGGCCCCAAGGCCCUGAUCCCACGCCUGAGCAGGCUGGUGCAGGGGAUUCAGGCCCAGACCACUGGCCGGUCCACUGCAGAGGAGGACUGUGUGGACCUGCCGCAGCUGCUGGAGGAGGCGGCGGCGGUGGGGGCUCCUGGCAGCCCCGGCCCCGUGCUGGCCGCCCUGCUGGAUCAUGUUGGGAGUGGGUCCUGCUUCCAUGCCCUGCCGACCCCUCAGUACUUUGUGGACUUCGUGUUCCGGCAGCACCACGGUGACACCCCCAACAUCACACUGGCUGAGCUGGCAGCCUUGAUGCAGCGCCUGGGGGUGGGCAGAGUGACUGAGACCCACGGUGCCCACAGUGACCACCAUCUUCUGGGAAAGAGGGCUGACCACCAGGGCUCUGUGCUCUCCACCACCCCCAACAGCAGCUCCAGUGUGUGGGACACGGUGUGCCUAAGUGCCAGGGAUGUGAUGGCUGUGUAUGGGCUGUCUGAGCAGACUGGGGUGAGCCCAGAGGCCUGGACCCAACUGAGCCCUGCCCUGCUCCAGCAGCAACUGAGUGGGGCCUGCAGUCCCCAGCCCAAUCAUCCUGCCCAAGACCAGCUCAGCCAAGCGGAGAAGUACCUGUACAGCUCGCUGGCCACGCUGCUCAUCUGCCUCUGCUCGGUUUGCGGCCUGCUACUUCUCAUCUGCACUGCCUGCAGCACUGCUGCCCGUUACAUCAUCCAGGCCUUCCUGGGCAUGGCCAUGGGCGCGCUCACCGGAGACGCCCUCCUGCACUUGAUGCCCAAGGUUCUAGGGCUGCACCAGCACGGGGGACACAGCGAGCAUGGAAUGAACUGCCACAGCCCUCAGCACGUCUGGCGCCUGGUGGUCGUGCUCGGCGGCCUGUAUGCCUUCUUCCUGUUCGAGAAACUUGUCGAUCUCUUGCUGCCCCUGGACCCAGAGGACCCAAAGGACGAGCCUCGCGGCCACGGUGGCCACAGCCAUGGCGUGUCCCUACAGUUAGCACCCAGGGAACUCCGGCCGCCCAAGCAGCCCCACGAAGGCUCCCGCGCAGACCUGGUGGCGGAGGAGAGCCCUGAGCUGCUGAGCCCGGAGCCCCGGAGACAGAGCCCUGAGCUGAGGCUGCUGCCCUACAUGAUCACGCUGGGCGACGGCCUGCACAACUUUGCCGACGGGCUGGCGGUGGGCGCCGCCUUCGCGUCCUCCUGGAAGACGGGGCUAGCCACCUCGCUGGCCGUGUUCUGCCACGAGGUGCCCCACGAGCUGGGGGACUUCGCCGCCUUGCUGCACGCCGGACUGUCGGUGCCCCGGGCGCUGCUGCUGAACUUGGUGUCGGCGCUCACGGCCUUUGCGGGCCUCUACGUAGCGCUCGCGCUCGGCGUCGGCGAGGAGAGCGAGUCCUGGAUCCUGGCGGUCGCCAUCGGCCUCUUCCUCUACGUGGCGCUCUGUGACAUGCUCCCCGCCAUGCUCAAGGUGCGAGACCCCCGGCCCUGGCUCCUUUUCCUGGUGCAAAACGUGGGCCUACUGGGCGGCUGGGUCGUCCUGCUGCUGCUGUCGCUGUAUGAGGACAACAUCACCCUCUGACGGCACCUCCGCCCCACUCUCGGGACCUGACUCCCUCCUGGCCCUGCGCUGUCUCAGCCCUUUGGACCUGAACCUACAGCUGAGUACCUGGAGAGCCCCCAGGCCUCUGAGAGUCUCCCCGCCCCCCAUACCCCAGCAACGCAACUUCAAUAAAGACAUUCCUACCCUUGGA